AUAUCAGCAGCUGUCUGGAUCCGAUGUCCUUGUGUAACUGAGCAGGUCCCUCCAGUGAUCUGUGGCCACACUUGUACCAUGAUGGAUUAUAGGAUACCGGGAUUUCACAUGAUUGUAAUUUUCUUUGGAUUUACACAGUUCAUUCUUCAUUCAGAAGGUGCCUGUAUCUAUCAAGGUUCCCUGUUUGCGAAUAACACAGAAUGGAAACCCGAUUCAUGUCAAGACUGCAUGUGCCAUGAUGAUAUUGUUGUAUGUGAGACCACCUCUUGCCGAGACCCCCAGUGUGACUCCUCAAAGGGAGAAGGUUUACAGAUUGAACCCAGCAAGUGUUGUCCUGAAUGUGGAUCAAGAACGCAAGGAUUUUGUCAACAUAAUGGAACAACCCAUGCUCAUGGAACCCAGUGGAAAGACUCUGAAUGCACAAUAUGCUCAUGUUGGAACAGCAAGUUUACAUGUACUUCGAAGCCUUGUCCUAACCUGAGAUGUAGAAAGGGGGAAAGUGAGCAUGUUGCACUGGGAGAGUGCUGCCCAGUGUGUGUAGGAACUGGAGAGCCUUGUUCUUUUAAUGGCAGCCAGGUACUGGAUGGAUUGGAGUGGAAGCUGAGCCAUUGUUCUAGGUGUUCUUGCAAGAAUGGUGUUAUGAAAUGCUUAACUGCAGAUUGUCUUCCUAAAGUGUGUGAAAAGGAUGAAACAUUGGCUGUUGUUCCAGGAAAGUGUUGUCCUGAGUGCCUUUCAAAAUCCUGUCAUGCUGGAGGAAAAACAUAUGAGCAUGGGGUGCAGUGGAAAAGAAAUCUUUGCACUACUUGUAAAUGCGACAAAGGACUUGUGAAUUGCCACACAAAAACCUGCUACCCUGUUACAUGCGACAAGGGCCAGACAAAGGUAAAGCGUGCUGGCAAGUGCUGUGAGCAAUGUCUGCCAUCUAAAGGAAGCUGUCUGUAUGAGGGCUCAAUGCGGUAUCAUGGAGAUCUCUGGAAUGGAAGUUCCUGUGAUUUCUGCUUGUGUGAUCGAGGGAAAGUCACCUGCCAGAAAGCCCAGUGUGCCAAAGUGGAAUGCUCAUGGGGGAAAGAACUAGUUCAUUUGGAUGGCAAAUGUUGUCCAGAAUGUAAGCCAAGUACAAGCUACUGUAUUUAUGAAGAACGUGGCAGUCAGAAUUCUGAUUCAGAUUUGAGUGGCAUUAAACAUUUGGUGAAUGGGGAGAAAUGGACAGAAGGGGCAUGCAGACAGUGUGAGUGCCAGCAAGGCCAGGUUGUUUGCUUCUCACAAUCGUGUCCCUCAUGUCCUCUUGGAACCCUUGCUUUGCGAGUGGAGGGAGAGUGCUGCCCGCAAUGCAGAACAGAUCACUGCAACCCAGACUGCUUAACCUGCUCUCAGUCUGUUGAAAACUGUGACAUCUGCCGUGAUGAGGCUCAUUUGCUCCAGAAGGGACACUGUGUGGUCAACUGUGACCCAGGCUUCUAUCAAAAUAGCAAAACAUGUCAAGAAUGUACAAAGUCCUGUUCCAGCUGUAACAAUGGAUUAGAAUGUACGUCCUGCGUGGGUUCCCUGCUGCUGAAACAUGGCCAGUGUGUCCCCACCUGUGGAGAUGGCUACUUUCAGCAACAUCAUAGCUGUAAAGCAUGCCAUGCAUGCUGUUUAGUGUGCCAUGGUGCCUCAGAAGGUGAUUGCAUUAUGUGCAGGGACCCCUCACAGGUGAUUCAAGGUGGCAAGUGUAUAAGCAGCUGUGGCAAUGGAUUCUACAAAUGGAAUGGAACCUGUGCAGCCUGUGACUCUAAGUGCCAGACAUGUUCACCUGACGGCAGAUGCUUUACUUGUGCCAAAGGCAGAAAGUUUCACAGAGGUACCUGUGUUUUGGAAUGCCCUGGUGGCUAUGCAGAUUCUUCUGGAUUGUGUAUAGCCUGUCACAGAGAGUGUGCAUCCUGUUUUGGUCCACUAGCCAACCAAUGUACUUCCUGUUUGCCUCCUCUUGCCUUAUUAAAAGGGCAGUGCCUUCUUGACUGUGGUGAAGGAUUUUUUUCUGAUAAAAGUGUCUGCUAUGCCUGCCAUCCAUCUUGUCGUGCCUGCCUGGGCCCAGAACACUUACAUUGCACAAAAUGCAUAAAGCCAGAGCAAGGGCUGCAGACAGUACAAGAAUAUGGAAGAAAGCCUUAUGGGACAUGUCAGGCUCAUUGCAAUCUCAAUUUCUAUAUGGACAGUGUUGGCAUCUGUCAAGAAUGCCACCUUUCCUGUAAAAGUUGCUCUGGUGGAGAUAAUAAGAACUGUACAUCCUGUCCCUCACAAUAUGUGCUACACAGAGGAGUCUGUUUGCAAAGAUGCCCUGAUGGAUAUUACAACAAGGAGUCAACUUGCUACAUAUGUCAUCCAUCUUGCAAGGAAUGCAGUGGGCCUUCUGAUGCAGACUGCCAGACCUGCCAUCCACAUGCUGUUCUUAGUGAUGGAAGCUGCAAAACCCACUGUACAGAUGGGCAGUACCUCAGCCUAGUGGGUUAUUGUGUGGAUUGUCAGCCUCAGUGUCAAUAUUGUGUUACAAACCUACAAGACACAGGCAGUGUUUGCUUGAAGUGCCAGUAUUCUCAAUACUACUUUCUUGAAGAUCGAUGUGUAUCUGAGUGUCCAGCUGGAUUUUAUACAGAGGGAAGAAACUGUAAACGAUGCAACUUCUCCUGCAAAACCUGCAGUGGACCAGGGAUGGAUUUCUGUACUUCCUGUGAGGAUGGUCUUGUUCUGUCUUACAAUAGCAUGUGCGUACAAAGCUGUUUCCAAGGUUAUUAUAGAGAUGGGCAGGUCUGCAAAGCAUGUAACAGUCAGUGUUUAACCUGUGACUCAGAAAGGAGUUGUACUUCUUGCAAAGAUCCAACCAAAGUGCUUCUUUUUGGGGAAUGCCUGUAUGAAAGUUGCACUCAGCAGUAUUAUCUUGACUACACCAGUGGAACCUGCAAAGAAUGUGACUGGAGUUGUAAUGCUUGCAAAGGGCCUCUGAAAAGUGACUGUCUGCAGUGUAUGGAACACUAUACUCUGCAUGCUGGAGCCUGUGUAGAACAUUGCCCAUCUGCCUUUUAUAAACAUGGGGAGACAUGUCGAGAGUGUGGAGAACACUGCCAUGUCUGUAGUGGGCCCUUUCAGUGCAUUCAGUGUGAGGCUCAAUUUUACUUACUGGAUGGCCAGUGUGUUAGUGAAUGUGGAAAACAGCACCGGGUAUCCCAAGCUGGCAGAAUUUGUCUUGUUUGUCCGCCUGGAUGCCUGGACUGUGAUGAAUCUAAAAGAUGUAAUCUGUGUGACGGGAAGACUUUUUUGAAGAAUCAAUUUUGUAUGUCUCACUGUGGUACUGGCUUCUCUGGCAAUCCUAUAAACAGAAGGUGUGAAGUGAAUGUCCAUGCCCCGUUACUUGUUGUGAAUGGGUCGCUUACAGUGGGAAUUGAUGCAAUGAGGCCUUUGGAUUUUUCCUUUAUGAAUGUGAAAGACCAGGAUAAUGAGGACAUAAGCCUCAUGUUUCAUGUAGUAACUGUCCCCACGAAUGGAUAUUUUGUAAAAUUCUUGGAUGGCAAAGAAGUUCACCUCAAUAAAGAUGCUCCAUUCAGUUGGAAGGAUUUGAAAGAACAAAGAGUGUAUUUUAAGCACAGCAGAGACAAAUCAAGGAAUGGGAUUUUUGCCUUAAAAGUCAGUGACGGACAAUUUUUUUCACAACCGAAAAACAUCAAUAUACAAGCAGUCUCAACAAAGGCAACUUACAUCCUUAAGAAUGAAGUUCUUGCGAUUGCCAGGGGAGAAGUAGGACCUAUAUCCAGUUCAUUGCUGGAUCUUCAAGAUGAUGACAAUCCCCAAGAUGUUGUAUUGACUGUUUUGGAAAGUCCAAGAAAUGGCCAAUUAGUUAUCCUUCCUGGGAAAUCUUCUGCCCACAAAUUCAGACUUGAUGACAUUAGAAAUGGAAUAAUUCACUAUGUUCAUGAUGGAUCAGACAGCCAUUCAGAUGUAAUUCUUUUCCAAGCCAGUGAUGGAUACCAUUUCUUGAAUAUUCUUUUCCAUGUGGAAGUUACCGAAAAGACCAGCAAAGGCCUUCAGCUUGUGCUAAACUCUCCUGUGUGGGUACCUGAGGGAGGAAUACUGCAAAUGUCCAAUAAGUUAUUGCAAGCCAGGGCUCCUGAUUCCACCAACUCGGAGAUCAACUAUACAAUCAUUAAUGAACACCCACGGUUUGGUGAUGUCUUUUUACUAGUGCCAAUGCCCGCUGAUGGCCCUGCAAAUGGAUGGCAGCGCCUGCCUGAUGGCAGAGUUGCAACACAAACUUCUUCGUUUACACAACAGGAUAUCAAUGAUGGACUUGUGUGGUAUAUACAGUCUGGAUCUCAUUCACAAGGGAGAGACUCAUUUACCUUCCAGAUUUCGAGUGCAGCUUCUCAGAUACCACAGGACAGUCAUGUCUUCAGCAUUGGUAUUGUUCCAAACCAUCCUGGGGCCCCUCAGUUGUCUCCUGGAUCAUCUCUUCAUAUGACUGCAUUUGAAGACCGUUUGACAGUGAUUGGAUCCCAUUAUCUUUCCUUUGUUGAUGCAGAGAGCCCAAGCGAAAAAAUAGUCUACAAUGUAACUGUGCCCUUGCGGCCAAAUGAAGGGACCCUGGAACACAAAGAGAGGCCCCUCUCCUCAGUGCCUUACUUCACACAGGCAGAUAUUAACCAAGGCAAGAUUAUAUAUCAACCACCCAGAGCUGCAACACAUCUGAGUGAAAUUGCUGAGUUUUCCUUUGCAGGACUUCCGGAAUCUGUGAGAUUCUUCUUUACAGUCUCAUAUGGGGAAUUCACCACAGCUGAAAUGCCAUUUACCAUCCAUUUGCUCUCCUCUGGACAUCAGCCACCUGUCUUCCAGCUGAAAUCCCCAUCUCUGGAGGUCACUCAGGGUGGCAGAGCUCCCAUUGGAGUUCAGCUAGCAGUAACUGAUACAUACACUGCACCAGAAGACUUGUUUUACCAGCUAGUGGAGCCACCCCGACAUGGCCUCCUAAUUAAAUCUGAAGCUGGUAUCCCGGAUCCCUUGAAUCCUGGGGAUACAUUCACAUAUGAAGAUGUGAACAGGAAUGUGCUACAUUACGUUCAUGACGGUUCAAUCUCUACAGAGGAUAGCAUAGGGAUUGCAGCAAUAAAUGGAAUCACAUCAAGCACAACAAUUGUGAGGGUAAUAGUCUCACCAGCAAAUGACAAUGGACCUCGUCUUUUUCCUGGCUCUCUAUUGGCUAUAACCGUGGCUAGUAGGAAGUCUGUUACUAUAAGAAGAGCAAAUCUUGCAUACAUGGAUAACAAUUCUCCUGAUUCAAGCAUCAGGAUCCAGUUGGUCUCCCUGCCAAUGUAUGGUAUUCUCACCAAGGCAAAGUCAGGUCAAUCUGCUGAAGAGCUCUCAGAAUUCUCCUCUUUUAGUAUGGAAGAUAUAAACAAUGGCAACAUUAAGUAUACUACAAUUAUUGAAUCUGACAGCCAAACAAUCACAGACAUUUUCCACUUUACUGUAUACAAUGCUCUCAACUUCCGUAUGGACAAUCAGAUGUUUACCAUAACAAUUACAUCUGCUGAGCGACAGCUUCCUGUCACUACAUCUGCCUCUGGAAUAACUAACAAGAAUGACGAACCACCUAAGAUUGUUGUUCUGCCUCUCAAAAUUCAUGCCAAAUCAGGAGCAGUAAUACAAAAUAGCUGCUUAAGUGUUCAGGACAUGGAUACUCAAGAUAAUGAGCUUGUUUUUGCUGUAAUUAAAACGCCAACAAAUGGCCACCUUCGAAGGAGGCAGUUUUAUUCAGAGCCCUUUGAUAAUGGAAGGGUUCUUAUGCAAGGAGCAACUUUUACCUACCAAGAUGUUCUGGAUGAGCUAAUUGUUUACACCCCAGAGCAUAUGACUAUUGCAUCAGAUGAAUUCAGAUUCUCCCUAUCAGAUGGAGUCUUUACUGAGAAUGGAAGGGUUCAGAUUUCCAUAGAACCUCAAAAGAAGGAGCCUCCAAGGAUGACUAUAAACAGAGGCCUACAAAUUUCAGCAGGGUCAAAAAUAGGGUCAAUAGCUACAAUCACUGAUCAGUAUUUAAAGGGAACAGAUAUAGAUUCAGAUGUCGCUAAGCUUAGAUUCAUCAUAAAGAAGGAUCCAACAGUUGGGAGGCUACAGAUGUCAAAGAACAACAACCUGGUGCAAAUAUCUGCAAGGGGCCCAGUUAGUAGCUUUACCCAAACAGAUAUUAAUAAAGGGUUUAUUCAAUACAAGCAUGAGAAAGGAGACCCAGGUGGAAGCUUUGCCUUCAAGUUUGAUGUGGUUGACCCAGAAGACAAUAAACUGAUUGACCAGUCAUUCUACAUUAGCAUAAUUGAAGAUAAAUUUACACCGUCCAUAACUGCAAAUAUAGGUCUUACUUUGGAUGAAAACUCUUUGAAAAAAAUCACCACUCUACAGCUGUCAGCCACUGAUCAGGACAGUGAGCCUCGAGAGCUCUUCUUUCACAUUACUAAGCAGCCCAGUCUUGGUCACCUUGAGCAUGUGGGAACUCCAGGAAGAAAAAUUAGCAGCUUCAGCCAGGCAGACCUGGAGUCUCGCAGCAUCCAGUACAUUCACACCAGCGCAGAGGAAAAGCAUUCUGAUGAUUUCACCUUUACAGUUUCUGAUGGAUUCAAUGAGGUAUCUCAAACAUUUUAUAUCACCAUUAAUAAAGUGGAUGACUCUUUGCCUGUGGUGCACAAUUUGGGCAUGAGAGUGCAGGAAGGGGUGCAAAAAACCAUCACAGAAUUUGAGCUAAAAGCAGUGGAUGCUGAUACUGAGGCGGAAUCUAUCACGUUUACCAUCAUUCAGCCUCCUCAGUAUGGUGUGAUUGAGAGGAGUAUCAAUGGGCAGAGCUAUCGACAGGCCACUACUUUCACUAUGGAUGACAUUUACCAGAACAGGAUCAGUUACAAUCAUGAUGGAAGUAACACCCUUAAGGAUCGAUUUUCUUUCACUGUUUCGGAUGGUACUAACCCAUUCUUCAUUGUGGAGGAAGGAGGCAAAGAAAUUGUAACUGCAGCCCCUCAGAGGUUUAAGGUGGAGAUUCUUCCAGUGGAUGACGGAACUCCAAGAAUUGUCACCAAUCUGGGUCUCCAGUGGCUGGAGUACAUGGAUGGCAAGGCAACCAACUUUAUUACAAAGAAGGAACUAAUGACUAUGGAUCCAGACACAGAAAACAAGAAUCUGAUCUAUGAAAUAUCAAGUGGGCCUUCACAUGGCCAUUUGCAAAACAAACUGAAACCUGGUGCUCAGCUCACUUCCUUUACACAAGAGGACAUAAAUCUGGGUCUGAUACAAUAUAUUCUACAUGAAGAUAAGCAGAAAGAAACAAUGGAUAACUAUAAGUUCCUUGUGAAAGACAGUAAACCUAAUGUGGUCGACGACAACAUGUUUCAUAUCCAGUGGUCUCUCAUUGGCUUCACACAUAUGAGCUACAAUGUGAGUGAGAAAGCGGGCUCCAUCAGCAUCACAGUAAAGAGAAGUGGAAAUCUGAACCAGUAUGCUAUAGUGCUGUGCCACACAGAACAGGGAACAGCCACGUCAAGCUCCAGUGUGGGCCUGAAACAUAGGCAGCAGGAUUAUGUGGAGUAUGCAGGACAGGUGCAGUUUGAUGAACGUGAGGAUACUAAAACUUGCACUAUCAUUAUAAAUGAUGAUGAAGUGUAUGAGAACAUUGAACAAUUCACAGUGGAGCUCAGCAUGCCUGUGUAUGCCCUACUGGGUCACAUCACUAAAGCCACAGUUAACAUUAAUGACACGGAGGAUGAGCCCACCCUGCAGUUUGAGAAGAAGAUAUACCGUGCCAAUGAAAGUGCAGGGCUCCUGUCUGUUCCCAUUGAAAGAAAAGGUGAUCCUACCAGUAUUGUGUCUGCCAUUUGCUACACAUUGUCUAAAUCAGCCAAAGGCAGCAGUUUCUAUGCACUUGAAUCAGGCUCUGAUUUUAAGUCCAGAGGAAUGUCCAAUGAACAUCGUGUUGUUUUCGGACCUGGAGUUACAAUGUCAAUCUGUGAUGUGAAACUGAUUGAUGACAGUGAGUAUGAGGAAGAGGAAGAAUUUGAAAUAGCUCUGGCUGAUACCUCUGAGAACGCAAGAGUAGGAGACAUUGCUGUAGCCAAAGUUAUGAUUGAAGGACCCAAUGAUGCCUCCACCAUCUCCCUUGGAAAUGCUACAUUCACUUUUAGUGAGGAUGCAGGCUCUGUUGAAAUACCUGUAAUAAGAAGUGGACCAGAUCUUUCUGUUCCUACUUCAGUGUGGUGCGCAACCCGCUCGUCUGAUCCUCCUUCUGCAACUCCUGGAAUUGAUUAUGUCCCCAGCUCCAAAAAGAUAGAAUUUAGGGAAGGGAAAACCACUGAGUACUGUACUUUGACUAUAAUGGAUGACACACAGCACCCUGUGAUUGAAGGACUGGAGACAUUUGUGGUUUUCCUAAGCUCUGCGCAUGGGGCUGAACUUACCAAGCCAUUUCAGGCUACGGUGAGAGUAAAUGAUACAGUCCAGGAUGUACCCAGCAUGCAGUUUGGUAAGGAGGUAUUCACAGUAAAGGAGAAAGAUGGAGUCUUGCAUGUGCCUGUGCUGCGUACUGGGGACUUAAGCAAUGAAUCUUCAGUACGCUGUUACACACAGUAUCAAACUGCGAGAGUAAUGGAUGACUUUGAAGAAAGGAGAAAUUCCGAUGACUCUCGAAUUAUAUUUUUGAAAGGAGAAAAAGUGAAAAAUUGCACUGUUUUAAUAAAUGAUGACUCCGUAUUUGAGCCAGAAGAACAGUUUAAGAUUUACCUUAGCAAUCCUCUUGGAAGUCACUGGAGUGGAGCUAGGACUGGGAAAAAUUACAUAGCUACCAUUACUAUUUCCAAUGAUGAGGAUGCACCAACUAUUGAAUUUGAUGAAGCUACAUAUCAGGUGAGAGAACCUCAGGAACCAGAUGGUAUUGCAAUGUUAAAGAUUAAAGUGGUCAGGAAAGGAGAUCAGAACAGGACAUCAAAGGUUCGCUGCAGCACACGAGAUGGGUCUGCUCAGUCUGGAGUUGAUUACUACCCCAAAAGUCAAGUUUUAAAGUUCAGCCAUGGUGUAGACCAUAUCUUGUUCAAGGUGGAGAUUCUGUCCAAUGAAGACAGGGAGUGGCAUGAAUCAUUUUCACUGGUUCUUGGCCCAGAUGAUCCCAUUGAGGCUGUUCUUGGUGACAUCACCACAACCACGGUCACAAUCCUGGACCAGGAAGCCGCAGGCAGUUUAAUUUUACCAUCCCCUCCUAUUGUUCUGUCAUUAUCUGAUUAUGACCACGUGGAAGAGGUCACCAGGGAAGGUGUGAAAAAGUCUCCAUCUCCUGGAUAUCCAUUGGUGUGUGUGACACCAUGUGAUCCUCACUUUCCAAAAUACACACUGAUGAAGGAGCGUUGCUUGGAGGCUGGCAUCAACCAGUCUACAAUCCUAUUUAUCUGGGAAGUAGCAACACCAACAGAUUCCAUUGGGGCCAGAUCCCCCUUUGAGACAAUCACUGACACAACUCCUUUUACUGGUGUCAAUCACAUGGUCCUGGACAGCAUUUACUUCAGUAGGCGGUUCCAUGUACGGUGUGUUGCCAAAGCUGUGGAUAAAGCGGGACAUGUUGGGACACCACUACAAAGUAACAUUGUAACUAUAGGAACAGAUAGUGCAAUCUGCCACACUCCUGUGGUAUCGGGAACUGCCCGAGGAUUCCAAGCACAGUCUUUUAUUGCCACAUUGAAAUACCUGGAUGUGAAACAAAAAGAACAUCCCAAUAGGAUUCACAUUUCUGUGCAGAUUCCACAUCAAGAUGGAAUGUUGCCUUUAAUUUCAACGAUGCCACUGCACAACCUCCACUUCCUUCUUUCGGAGUCAGUUUACCGACAACAGCAUGUUUGCUCCAACUUGGUCACUGUUCGUGAUCUUCGAGGCAUCUCAGAGGCUGGAUUCCUGGAUGAGGUGACAUAUGACAGCAUAGCUGUUGGCCCUGGCUAUGAUCGGCCAUACCAGUUUGAUCCAAAUGUCAGAGAACCAAAAACUAUCCAACUCUACAAACACCUAAACCUAAAGAGCUGCAUAUGGACAUUUGAUGCCUAUUAUGACAUGACUGAACUUAUUGAUGUCUGUGGAGGAGCAGUGACAGCAGAUUUUCAGGUGAGAGACUCUGCUCAGUCCUUUCUGACAGUCCAUGUGCCUUUGUAUGUGUCUUACAUAUAUGUGACAGCGCCAAGAGGAUGGGCAUCCUUGGAGCAUCACACAGAGAUGGAAUUCUCAUUCUUCUAUGAUACUGUUCUCUGGAGGACUGGGAUUCAGACGGACAGUGUGCUCUCUGCAAGGCUUCAGAUUAUUAGAAUUUAUAUCCGUGAGGAUGGCCGUCUUGUCAUUGAGUUUAAAACUCAUGCCAAAUUUAGAGGUCAGUUUGUCAUGGAGCAUCACACCCUUCCAGACAUGAAAUCCCUCAUUAUGGCCCCUGACCACUUGGGUGGAAUUGAGUUUUAUUUGCAGCCUCUGUGGAGCUCUCAGACCUUUGACUCUCCAUAUCAGCUGUGGAGAGCGACCAGUUCAUACAGCAGGAAAGACUAUUCAGGAGAGUACACCAUUUAUCUGAUUCCCUGCACUGUGCAGCCUACACAGCCAUGGAUUGAUCCUGGAGAUAAGCCCCUGGCUUGUACAGCUCAUGCCCCAGAAAGGUUUCUUAUUCCUAUAGCCUUCCAGCAGACUAACCGCCCUGUUCCUGUCGUAUACUCAUUAAACACUGAGUUUCAGCUUUGUAACAAUGAGAAGAUCUUUUUAAUGGAUCCCACCAAAACUGAAAUGUCCUUGGCUGAAAUGGAUUAUAAAGGAGCAUUUUCAAAAGGUCAGACUCUUUAUGGUAGAGUCCUCUGGAAUCCAGACCUGAACCUCAACUCAGCCUACAAACUUCAGCUUGAGAAGGUUUAUCUUUGCACAGGAAAAGAUGGAUACGUGCCUUUCUUUGACCCAACUGGGACAAUUUACAAUGAAGGUCCCCAGUAUGGUUGUAUACAACCUAAUAAACACCUGAAGCACAGGUUUCUGCUCUUGGAUCGCAACCAGCCUGAGGUGGCUGAUAAGUAUUUCCAUGAUGUCCCUUUUGAUGUUUGCUUUGCAUCAGAUUCACCAGAUUUUUAUUCCAUGAGCAGUAUGCCUGGAGUAGAUGGAUUUACAAUGAAAGUUGAUGCACUGUACAAGGUGGAAACCGGACAUCAGUGGUACCUUCAGGUGAUCUACAUUAUUGGCCCAGAGACAAUGGCAGGGCCAAGAGUUCAGAGGUCUCUAACCUACCAUCUUAGACGUAACCGCAGAGAUAUAGUAGACAAGAACGGCAGACUGACCCUGGAUGAUUCUUUGAUUUAUGACAAUGAAGGAGAUCAAGUCAAAAAUGGCACCAACAUGAAAAGUUUAAGUCUAGAAAUUGAGGCUGCUGCAGCUUCCUCCUCACAGACUGGGGCUUCUGUUGGAAGUGCCUUUGCAGCUAUAAUGCUGUUAAUGCUAAUUCUAUUGACUGUUUGCCUUAUAACACAGAAAUGUAGAAGAAAUAAAAAGAAAAUGCUUCCCAGGGAUAAGGUAGAGGAAUACCCACUCAACACAAAGGUGGAAGCAUCUAGGAAAAACAUAGACAGGGUAGAAAAGAAUUUCAACAGGCAGCAUUUCACUGUCAGAAAUAUCAACCUUCUCAAUGAAAACAAAGACACCUAUGAAGUGAAAGGUGUCAAGGUGAAGCAAGUCAAUCUUGAAGUUAAAGUACACAACAAUCUACAUGAUGGAACAGAAGUUUGAUGCCAUAGUCACAGCCUAACACUUAUCAUUAUUUGUAUAUUUUUUUAUAAAGUGUAAUAAUAGAAAAAAGCACCAGUAUUUUUAUAAUCUGGGCUGGAAAAGGGAAAAGUAAUGGAUGAGUGUUGGGUGGGCAGUAUGUGCUUCAGCUCACAACUGAACUACCUCGUUAUGCCCAAGAUGUCAGAUACAGGGGCACGAUGUUCUGUCUUUCCCACUGCCCUAACAAUGCACUGCACAUGUUGAACACACUGCCACCAUAGGUCAAUUAUUUGCCAUGUUACAUGUACCCCUUUCUGAUGACCACGCACGAGUCUACAUUGGUCUCAUCAUUUUUUUACUCUUAUCAAGUGCCUCCCUGCAUAAUGGAUUAUAAAGAGGGGGAAAUUGGGAGACAAAGAAAAUGCCAACAUUUUCUAGCUCACUAGAAUGAAGGAUGACAAAAAGUACAUUUAAAAAGUCACCAAGAGAAUGGGGAAUGUAACAGGAGGCAUUUUGUUAGAUUUUCUUGAAUCGGGCAAAUCCCAUAUACAUUUUUGCUAUUUUUUAUACCUGUGUUUCACUGAAUGGACUGUCCUUCAAGGAACUUGAGCUUAUGCUUUUCAAUGUCCCCUUAUGGAACCUACAGGCUCAUCUCAAAGGAAUCUGUAGAAUUGCCUGGUGCACUUUGGGUUAAAUGUCUGCUCACUAGGCACGCAUGGGUUGUAGUCGAAGAAUGAUAUACAUAAAGCACACAUGGUGCACAGAGAAAGAUAUAGUACCAUAAGUCUUUCAGUGUUGCUUAUAUUUGCAGUCAGUCUUUGUCGCCAGUGCAGUGACCUCAUACACUACUUAGGUAGAAAAAUACCCGUGUGGAAGAGCCCUGCAUAUGUUCAAAAACUAUUUACACACAAUACCCUAUGUAGAAGGAAGGUAGCCAGGAAAUCAAAAAAUUUAGGAUUUGUCUCACAUUAGAGAACACUCAUAGACUGAUAUGAUUUUAAGUGGUCAGAUAACCUUCUGCUUCAAACUCUCAUUUUCUAAUUUUCUACUCUUAAGAAAUUGCAUAUUGCAUUGUAUAUCUAUCUAUUAAUGCUGGAAGUGAAUUAAUUUGUCCUUGACGGAAUAAGGCUUUUUGUUAAAAUUGGAAUUUAUAACUUCGUUAUUAAAGAAAGACAAAACACAAAAAAGUUGUGGCUUUAUACAACCCCACAUGUGCAAUACAGGCAGCUUGUUUCAAUGCCCAUAACGUGCAUGUUUGGCAGUCUCAGCAGCUCUAGCCACACUGUCAUAGGUGAUAAUAUUUAGGGAUGUUUAGUGACAAGUCCCAGUACCACAAUUUAUCACAAUUUAUUAUUAUUAUUAUUAUUAUUAUUAUUAUACCACAAUUUAUUAAUACGUUUACAAAUUUCCAUUGUUAUUUUGUGGAUUACAGAAUCUUGUGUUUUUGAUAUUGAGAUUUUUUUUGGCAAUGCUUUGGCAUGUAUUAUUUUCUCCAUUUUCAUUGUUAUCAAAGACACUGGUAUGGACCGAAGAAAGUAUUUUUUAUACAUGUUCUAUGCAAUUUGACCCCUUUUUGGAGGUGAAACUUGAUUUCCAGACUACAGUAUAGGGUGCCUAUGCAUUUCUAUAUUUAUAGCUUAUAUAUUUGGACAGUAAAACAUAGGCAAGCACUGAUGGAGUCUGAGAAAGAAGCCACAAUUUUGGCAAAAAAGGAGAAAGAGAAAAAAUAUAUAUAUAAACUGUUUGCACUUCACAAUUAAUGUUGACUACUUGUAUGUAAUAUUUCAACCAUUGUCCAAAAUAAGUUAUCAUUUGUAAAUACACACUUGAUAUUAGAAUUGUUGGUGUAUUGCCUGGACAGUCAAACAAGCAGAUUAAGAAAAAUGUUUGUAAAGGAGCUCACCAUUUUCUAUUUUCUUGGUGCAACUCAGUUGUAGAUGGUUCAGCUAAAAUAUUCCAAUAAUGUUCCUCCACAUUACAAAAUAUUUGGUAUUUUUUUCAUAUAUAAAUGCUACAUGACAAUUUCUAUGGAUAGAAGAUCUACCCUUUAUAUGGUGUGUGUAAGGGCAAUAUAAAUGUUUUUAGCAUUGUGCACCUCUGUAUGAAAUGCAACAUAUCCGUGACACAAGUAAAGGCAUUCGCUGGUGGUCUGUAGAACAUUUCCCUUCGUCAGCAUGUUGUUGCAGAUGUAUCCUGAUUUCUUCCUUAAAAAAGAACUAAAGCAUAACCAAAGAAGUAGGCUAGAAAUGUUGUACAUUGUAUUUUAAAAUUCUGUACCAGC